GCCGGGCCUCUCCGGAGUCCCGUUGGAAGCCGCCCCAACCCUCCCAGCCUCCAAUGAGGGCCCUUUGGCUUCGGAGGCAAACUUCCAUGAGCGCUGCUGGAGGCGGGCAAGGGGGAGGGCAGGGGGGAGGAGAGCUGGGAGUUUCCCCGCGCCUGGAGUAACUUUCCUCGCAAGGAGGAGGAAAGAAAGGAGGACGGAGAAGCAACAGGAGCGCGAAAAGGCGGCGAGAUGGGCCUGGUUGAUCUGCUCCCCUUGCCCCCUUUGGGCCUGGCUUUGGCCACUCUCCUGGCGCUGGGGGCGUUGUGGCAUUUCUGCAGGAGGAGAAGGAGACCUGGCGAGGCUCCCUUAGAAGCUGGUUGGAUCCCAUUAUUGGGGCACGCUCUGAAUUUUAGAAAUGAUGCUACCAGCUUUUUAUUGUCCUUGCAGAAAAAACAUGGAGAUAUUUUCACAAUAUAUUUGGCUGGCAAGUAUAUUACAUUUAUAUUAGACCCCCUGCAGUUUCCUUCUGUAAUCAAGAAUGGAAAAAACUUGGAAUUCACGGAAAUAGCAGAUGAGAUCUCAUCCCGAGCAUUUGACCAUCCACCUGUUUUAAAAGACAUUUAUUCAGGCCUAAGUGAAAAUGUGCACAGGAGUUAUCAAUACCUUACAGGGAAACCAUUGGAUGCACUCUCUGACAGCAUGAUGACAAAUCUCCAAAGUCUAUUUAAGGCAAAGUUCUCACAAACAGCAGAUUGGAAAAAAGAGACAGUGAAUAAGUUCUGCUUCUCCAUCAUAUUUGAAGCCAGUUUUAGAACGCUGUAUGGAAGAGAUCCUGAUGCAGAUGGCUACAGUGUAACUGAUGCCAUCGGAGACAAGUUUCUCAAGUUCGAUGCCAAAUUUGCCUAUUUGGCUGCAAACAUACCAGCUGAAUUGUUGGGAGAAACCAAGGGAAUCCGGAAAGAACUUGUCAAUUUCUUUAAACCUGCAAAUAUGGCAAAGUGGUUGGGAUGUUCAGAGGUGAUCCAAGACAGAAAGAAUGUGUUCGAGAUGUACGAAGCACUUGGAGACUACGACAAAGCAGCACAUCAUUUCGCCUUCAUGUGGGCCUCUGUGGGAAACACGAUUCCAGCUACAUUCUGGGCCAUGUAUUAUCUUCUGCGGCACCCAGAAGCUCUUUCAGUGGUGCGUGACGAAAUUGACCAUUUGCUGCAGUCAACAGGUCAAGAGAGGGGGCCAGGAUUCGACAUCCACAUCACCAGAGAACAAUUGGACAACCUGGUCUACCUAGAGAGUGCCAUAAAUGAAAGUUUACGAAUGUGCUCGUCUUCUAUGAACAUCCGCCUCGCAAAGGAACCUUUUAUUCUGAAGCUUGAAGGGAAUGUGGAAGUCAGUUUGAGAAAAGGAGAUUACAUCGCUAUUUAUCCUCCAAUUCUACACAUGGACCCUGAGGUCUACCAAGAUCCUGAGCAAUAUAAAUUUGACCGUUAUAUAGAAAACGAAAAGAAAAAGACGGCUUUCUACAAGCAGGGAAAGAAGUUGAAAUACUUUCUGAUGCCUUUCGGCUCCGGGGUCAGCAAGUGCCCUGGCAGGUUCUUUGCAAUUAAUGAGAUUAAGCUGUGUUUGGUGCUAUUGUUGUCUUAUUUUGAUAUGGAAUUAUUGGAACAAAAACAAAUUGGAAUGGACAAGAGUCGAUUCGGCCUUGGAAUCUACUUGCCUGAUUCUGAUGUUCUGUUCCGCUACAAGCUGAAAUCUUAAUAUGGAAAUUCAGUUGUUGAUUGAACAUCCUACUCUGAUUCAUUCUGUCUCUUGCUAUUAAAUUCUGUAUGGCUUUCAUAUCUUUCUGGUAUAUUUCAAAUAUGAAAUUUGCUGCAUUUUGAUUUAUGCAAAAUAUUUCAGAUGAUGUCAAAGACACCUUCAUAUUUGCAAAGAGCCAAGAUUUAUGCAUGAGGCAAGAUGCACAGGUGUUAAUCGGGAAUGGGAAUCUUAUGGCCUUCUAAAUGCCAUUGAACUGUAGCCCCUAGUAUUACCAUGCGGGGAUAAGGCUGCUGGAACAUGCAGCACAGUCACAACUGGAAGGCCUUACAUUUCCCACAGCUGGUGUGAAUCCAAUUGCUAGUCCAAGCUAAAGUUCAUCCAGUGAAUCAAUAGACUAUGGGAAGCAAGCAUAUGUAUAUAAGUUCCAUUGAUUCAAUAUAAUUGAUUUGGAACUUGUAUAAAUUAUCUGUUGAAUCGAUGGAAUUAUCAGUUGAAUCAAUGUAAGUUCAGCUGAUUCCAUAGAAUUAAAAUAUUAGAUUGUUGUAGGUUUUUUGGGCUAUAUGGCCAUUUUUUAGAAGCAUUCUCUUCUGACGUUUCACCUGCAUCUAUGGCAGGCAUCCUGAGAGGUUGUGAGGUCAUUAAAAUAUUGUUCUUGGGACUCAAAAUGACAUUGAGGACAAACAGUAUAUUCUCAUUGAAACAUCAUAAAGAAGGUUCAGGAGAGAUUUGGGAUUCAAAGGUUUACAAUUGCUAAUAGAAAUUGUGGGUUUUAUUCUUUUGACAUUGUUUCUGAUAAGCAUUAAUCAGCCUUCACAAAUGUCUUCAUAUUUAGGAUGAAAAAAUGUUUUGGAUGAAUAUCGAAAGAAUCAAAGCAGAUACAUGGAUCCAGGCCUAGCACUGUUAGAGGUCUGGGUUUGAGACCCUGCAUAUUCAGUCAUGUUAGUACUAAAUUAGUACUGACAUCUUUCUCUUCAAGAAGGAGAAUGACAAACUAGAACUUGUGCAGAGAAAUGUGACCAAAA